CACACACUAGGUCGAGUAUUCGUUCGCUGGCGUCACAGCGGUGUGAGUGUACUGAAACUGCCGGCGUCGUGUUCUGCGUGUAUGUGCGCGCGUGUGUAUAGCAGCAGAACUGAAAUUGAGAGCUGGUGGCGCUUUGCUGCAGUAUUUAUUAUAGACCGCAAGCAGGGUGUCGUGAAGCAAGCACACGUACGCGAACGCGCACUGCGGCGGCUGCUGCUGCUGCUGGUUGCUGCCUGACGGAACCUACAUACAUGAUACGAGAGACUUGCGCGCGAAUCGUUGCGCUGGCUCCUUUCUUCUCGGUCACGAUCUGUCUGCGAUCGAUCCCAGCGUGCAGCGCGCGCGACGUCAGUGCGCAUGCGUAUCGCAGUGUUUAGCCGUGGCCCCAUUCAGUAGCAGCUCAGCAGCACGAGUGCGGCUUUGAAGUUACUUGCCAAACGGCUAACGUUCGCGACACCGCAUACAGCCAGCGCCUAUAUCCAAGCACUACGCUCGUUCGCGGGGGUAACCGCUACGGCACGGCCAUGGCAGACGCGAAGUACAGGGAUUUGAUUCUGGACACCAUUGAUCAGCUGCGCAAGAGGAAGGCGCGGCCUGAUCUGGAGCGCAUCUCUCACAUGCUCGAUCGUAGACAUGGCGUUAGCGCAUCCGAGGUGGAGACCGAUCUCGAGAAACUUGUCGACGGAGAAAUCGUCAUCAAGGUCGACUACAAGGGCAGCACGAGCUACCGCAACGCCGCCAAGUGGCGCCGAAGUCAUCUCGGCGGUCACGUGCUUAACUCGAGCGACACGAGUCUCUUCAUCGGCAACAUCAUCGCCACCCUCUGCGGCGACAGUGGCGACAGGGAGCAAGGUGUGAGCAUACACGACGUGGAGAAGUACGUCGGGACGGAGAAACCUGACAGCGACCUCUGUACUAAGGGUCGGCUGCUCGUCGCUCUGCAGCGGGAGGUGGACGUCGGAGCUCUGAAGCGACUCCCGAAUGGCAACUACGCGCGUGGCAACCCUGCCGACGUGAAGAAGGCGAGUAAGUUGCACGGCAAGGGCUUGGGUCACGGCAAGGCUGGCGGACCGGGACAGGGAAAGUCGAGCGGCGGACCGGGCAAGGCCGGCAGCACGCCCGGACGGAAAGCAGGUCAAACGGCAAAGCGUAAG